CAGGCAUGAGUAGCCGAGCGCAGACACCAUCCCCAACCCCUCUAUGUGUAUAUUCUUUUAAUACUUUGUGAGGGAAAACUGUCAACCAUAUAUCCAAAGUGCAGGACCAAAGAGAAGUAAAUAAUGUAUGCUUUUGUUAGGUUCUUUGAAGACGAUAUGUGCUACGCGUUGCCCGUUUCAAAUGUCGAAGAUUUCAGACCUCUGCACAAAACAGAUUUUGAUAAUCAGAAGGUGUAUCUGGUUCACAGAACUGAAGAGAAUGGCUGCGCAGGCCAGCCGUGCGAAGCACAGAUCCUUGCCCUUGCAGAUACAGUAGAGGAAUUUGAAGACAGCAUAACACAAAAGAAGAUGAAAAUUCCCAAGAUGUCCAUCAAGAAUUCAGGAAACUCUGUUGAAAACAACUUUGGAGAGGAGAGAAUGCCACUCAGGCAUAAAAAGAGCCUGGCAGCAGUAGUGGCUCGGCUGGAGAGGAACGCAGCCAACUCCUGCAUGGAGGGUGAAGAGGACCUGGACGAGGAUCGGCUGGCCGAGGAGGGAGAGGAUGCAGACGACGAAGAUGAGGAUGCGGAGGCCGAGCCCCGGCAGCAUCACCACCACCAGCAGCAGCCGCAGCAGCAUUUGUUGGUGGACACGGAUUGUGUGCCGGAGGUGGCUGCUGCCGUGGUUCCCCGGGUCCUGUACGAGGAGCUGGUUCACAGCUACAGACAGCAGGAGGAGGAGAUGAGGAGGCUUCAGCAGGAGUUGGAGAGAACCCGCCGGCAGCUGGUACAGCAGGCCAAGAAGCUCAAGGAAUAUGGCAGCCUGCUGACAGAGGUGAAAGAACUGCGGGACUUCAACAGGAGGCUGCAGGACGUGCUUCUGAUGAGACUGGGCAGUGAGCCUAUGCAUGACAAUGGCACUCAGACAAUCAAGGCCGAAGUGGUUGAACCUAUUGUUGAGGCCCAGGAGGCAUGCAGAGAAGAAGCCAACACCAGUUCCAGCUAUUCCCCGUCCCCCCGCACAGUCUACACCUGCAACGAUGGCAAGGUGCAUCUUGGUGGUGGGAUUUGGGUGGAAGAAGAGAAGUGGCACCAGCUUCAGCGGACCCAAGGAGACUCCAAGUUCACAAAAAACCUCGCCGUGAUGAUCUGGGGCACCGAAACCCUCAAAAAUCGUAGCGUCACAGGAGUUGCGACUAAAAAGAAGAAAGACGCUCUGCCCAAACCUCCACUGUCCCCAAGCAAGCUCAAAAUAGUCAGAGAGUGUCUGUACGACAGAGUGUCUCAGGAGACGGCCGACAGCGCAGAGAUCACGCAGAGAUUGUCCAAAGUGAACAAAUACAUUUGUGAAAAGAUAAUGGACAUCAACAAGUCCAUCAAGAAUGAGGAGCGGCGGGAGUCCAAGCUGCUCAUCAGACAGACAGUCAAGAUGGAAAACUUCACCUACGAUGGCAUGUAGAGAUCAGCGCCUUCUGCCCGCGCCGUCAGCAGGAUGUGGGGGGGACUGGGGGGGGGCAGCUGAGCAAGGCCCUCACUGUUUCAGAGCUGUCAUAUUUCUUUGAUAUUUAGGAUUGGUCAUUCUGUGACAUGUCCCAGCACGCCGGUUCCUCCUCCCCCUCUCAUUUGAAAUAAGCUUCACACUUGUCCGAUAUCUGAUUGGCUGACAGACAGCUUUACCCACCAGUUCGAAACUGAACCAGUGAGAGAGUUCGAUAUGAGCUGGAGUGAGUGGUUUUAUAAGCUUUAGCGUCGGUACAGAGAUGUGUUUUAUUGAGACGUGUGCAUAUGUGUCAAAACGUGAAAUUAGAUAUGAUUGUUCAUUUAUUGUUCUGUGUCAGAACACCAUUUUUAAGUCCUUGAACUUUUAAAAAGUAAGAGGUUAUUUCCGUAGGCAAAGUCUUUUGAUGCUGUAAAGAUGAUGAUGCUAGCUUACAUUAGGUCUCAGACAUGUGAGCGUUUGACUGUUGAUUUGCUGACUGUCCAGUGAGCGCUGGAGGUUCGAGUGCUGGUACUUAGCUGCAUAGGAUGGGACGUCAGGGUCUCAAGUGCACAAGUCUUAAUUGGCGAGCGCCAUAUUUAAUUUUGCAACAGAGAGUUGCAGAUGUAGCUCCAAGAGAUUCAUUUGAAAAGUGCGCUAACCCAUAACUUUAUUCAAAAAAGGCUUUAAGAGAUUUAUGGGAAAGUCCAGCUCCUGGGUCGAGUUAAAAAAAAUGCUGUAUUUGCUCCUUUUUGUACCUUCUUAGUUAUACACAUUAGCCAUCAAUGUAUGAGCACAAGAGAGGUUCUGAUAGGGAUAUGUGUGUGUUACUCGGGAAACAUGUCAGAAAAAGCUGGACUGUUGAGUUUUUAGUGGUACCGGCAUGUGGAUGCCUAGAAAGGCCUUAAAUGGAUUUUGCAAUCACCAGGGACCGGUUAGCCCCUGGGUUUUCUAGUAAGCUGUGAUUGUAAACGUAUCGUAAGCUGAUGUGACGAAGCUUCACCUGCACUUUGCUGUGAGAAUGUAAGAGGUGGCCCAGGACUAUUUUCUGUAUAGUUUGCGCCACAGGGUUGCGCUGAGCCCGGCUGCUGCCCGGGAGUGGACCGGGGUCCAGGUCCUCCUGGUGUGGAGGCAGUGCCAGCUGUGGGUAAAGCUGUCUGCGGCAGCAUUUUUCUGUUGAGUUCGUCUGGCCCUGCUGAACCCCAUAAUGAUCCCCCGUUGCUUCAAAUCACACGACUGGGGAAGGAAGGAAGGAAGGCUGCUCCAGUGACAAUUUCCUCCGAGCUAUGCCAUCUUAACUUUUAAAAUGUCCUUUUUUUUCUUAUAUAUUUUUUUCUCCUUUUAUAUUGUUUUGAUUCAAAAUGGUUUAUGUGGCUGUCUGUGGUCUGGAACUAAAAUGCUGCAGAUUGAAAUCUCAACUGUGACCCAGCUGUGGCUAACUGUGAAUCUGCUGCAGAGCUGCCCAUCAAGCCUUUUCUCCUCUUCACACUUCAGAUUCCUGCUCGUCUACUUUGGUAUAUUUUUGUCACUUUGUCCAUCUCUUUCUCUGUUGUUUCAAAGGUUCAGACAAGCCUUUUGUUAAGCUAUUUUAGAGAUAUUCUAGUGUACAUAAGCACAUCUUUUUAUUUUUGUCACCAACAUGGGUAUUUUUUUCUGUUUUUAUUCAUCGUAAAGUUUCAGCGUUCUGAUCAACUUUUGGUUUUAGCUCAUCAAUGUUGUAAUUCUGUUUUAACUGUUAAUUCUUGGUGUUUCUCGUCAGAAUAUAAUUUUUGUUUUUUUCAUUUGAAAGGUUGGCUUUAAGCUUGGUGUUGUUUCCAAAUGUUGAUCAGCAGAGUCCACAAACACCACGUUCAUAGCCAAAGUAAUCUCAGCGGAAGGAGAGAGAUAAGGAUUUCCUUAAAAACUCAUUCAAACGGACAACUUGUGACAUCUUGAAAACCUUGCUUUGGAUAUUCCUAAAAUCUGCCGCAGUACGAUCAAAAUACAGUCAAACCAUUGCGCUCAACAGUUAAGAUGCAGUAACGAUCAACACAAGUCAUUUACAUUGAAAGCACUUUAAACUUCUCAGCAAUUCUUCAAUCUUAAGAAAACUGUUUUUGUGAUAUUUGUCUUUUUUCCAAUGUCUUUAUAGAUUAAGGCCUAACAGUUAUUGUAUUAUCAAGCACCUUAGAAUAUGUUUUGCUUUGGGGGUUUUCUUUAUUUUGAGCAGAAAAGAGUCAUGGGAUAAAGUUUCUGUUUUGCUCCAUUGGAGGUCCCCCCGCCAUGCUAAUGUUUCACAAAAAAGCUGAAUACAUUUGAUAUUUAAUAUCACAAUGUAAAGGAUUUUUUUUCUUGGGUAGUUAAAAACCAAAAUUUCAUGAGUGACUUCAACCACCGGAAACCAAUACUUGGCAGAUUUACAAAAAUCAACAAUGCUUUACGGGAAAAGGUUUCCCACGAGUUUAAGAACUUCAUCAGUGGAAUGUAUAAGCUGACUGGAAUUUUUUGCUUUAACUUAGUCGGGCCAAAUGCCAUCAAUGUAUACCUAUUGUCUAUAAGAAGUAUAGAAUGAAAAGGUAAAGCUACAGAACAGAAAGGCCGGUUAAUACUGAAUCGUCAGGAGGGGUUUGCUUUAAAAAAAGUAUGUCCACACCAAGAUAACGGAGCCCAGAAAAAUCCAUCACAUUAGUGUUGCCAUUCUUUUCCAUCGUCAAUUUAGCUUUUAAUUUUUUUUUAUUUCCUUGUACAAAGUAACCUGAGAUUCCUGUGCGGGGUGGUGUAUUAAAAAUACAUGCAAUUUUUAAAAAAGAAAAAAAAACAAAGACAUUUCUGCUGUGCAAACCAACCUCGCUGAAGUUCCGACCCGUCGUCGUGUAUUGUGUUUGUGUUUGCUUCUUUGUUCGAUGCCAAAGGGGUGUGCGGUUAAAACGAUGCGAAACGAACGAGCAUCUCUAGAGCUAUUACAUCAUCAGAAAUGUAAAAUUGUUUUAAAAGGAUGGUUUCCUGGAGCAAGAUUAAGCCUAAUCCCCUAACUAAAACCAUCUUUGGUGGAUAAAAGCUGUAAGAAAGUGCUGUACGUUUUUAACCCCCGCUUUAGCGUAAUCUGUGAUGGCAAGGCCAAUCUCUUUUAAAUGUACCAAGUCACUUGCAGAGGAACAGUGUGGGAUUUAGCAGCAUAUUAGUAACUUGUAUAUUACACAACCUGACAUGGUCAUUAAAGGAUAUUGUAACCUAGUUUGGCUGUGCAACACAACACCAGAGCAGGACUGUUACUACUGCUCUGGUCCAGUAGCUUUGGGCAGAAAGCAAGCUCUUCCUGUGCCACCUCUUGUUCCUUAACCAUCCUGACAUUAGUACCAACUGGAUUGAAAAACGCACAUGCAUCAAGAUAAUAGUCCCCUUCGCUCUGUGUUGUUGGCUUGUGUUUUGAACAUCUUUCAAAGCCUUAGAGGUGAGGAUUCUUUUUUUUUUUUUUUUCGACAGCUUCAUCAGGUGAACAGAUUUUAUGUUCAAUGGUUCGUCUGGGAGUUUGCGAUGCUACGUGUAACCCGACACGUUGCUGUUUCAGAUACAGUAUCAAACAGGAGGAACAGAUUCCUAGGCCUAUAUUUUUAUUAGAUGUAUCAGUACUUUGUAUACAAUCCACAAACCGGUUCUACUUCAUCCAACUUCACCGUCCUACCUCAUUGUUACUCUGGUGUUUGUCAGUGACUGUAAACUUGUGUGUAUAUUAAAAAAAGAAAAUUCUAUAGGAAAAAAGGUAUUCCUUGUUAAUCUUAACAUGUUCAGCAUAUAAAACUUGUAAAACACCUCAAUACACAAAUAUCAUUCUUAGGAGAAAUCUGUUCUUACUGGCUUAAAGAUGCUGCUGUAAAGGGAUUUCUGUGUGAGGGGACGUUCUGAAUAUAUAUCUUUGCUCUUUGCUAUGUUGUGCAGUUGAUCAGUGGCUGUGUUCUGUUUCUGUAAUGCAUUCUGAGAUUUUUACUGGUUGACGGUGCUACCAGCAAACAGUUCAAAAAGCUGAUCUAUCGGACCUCAAAUGGUGCUGUUUUUCUAUGUUUUUAUUGUCAUACAGCUGUGUUUUAUUCAGGUGUAUCAGCCGCCACUAUCCCCUCAGCUUAACAGAUUCUAAGCCAAACUAUUUCGUAAGGCCAAUACCCUGCUAUUACUGUAUCAACUAUAUGCUAUCCAUCCAAAUAUUGUAGAUAGUGAUUAUAUGCUCAGCCGUGAGUUUCAGAAGUACCUCAGAAGUUGCUGGCUUUCAGUGGAUGCAUCUGCUUCUAGCACCUGUUGUCUAUCUAUCUUACAUUCUGCAGUUUAUUUCCAUAAAUAUGCAUUUCUUAUUGUUAUAUUGAAAAAAAAAGGUUAGAUUUCCAUGACAUGAUUAUUAUCUCACACGCAGGUGACCGUUCAAUCCAAAUGUUGCCACCGUUCACUUUUUGCAUGCCAGUGCAUCAUAUGGAACGUGAUUCAGACUGGCCAGUGUGCGUUCCAGUGGAAGAGGUCCUUAGCAAAUCCACUUUCUGUUUGAGUCACACUUCUCUUAUUCCACAAAUGAUGGGCUGCAAUCCUCGUUUAAAGUGAAAACGAUACCGUAUAAUUAAAAGAACAAGAGAACUUGUCAAAAAAUGGAGAUCAGCUGGAAGAGUUGUUUGGAUGUGUUUUCUUUUUAUUGCGAUCCUGAUUUUCCAGUUGUGUCUCUGUCCCUCAGUGUGAGAGAGGAUUCAAAAUGACCUUUAUUCUCAACCGCUAUCUAAUUAAGUGCAUUACAUUUUCAGUUCGUUGACGCCAUCGGAAUAUGUUCUGCUCAAGAUGUCUUUUCUUUCAAAACACGCAUGCAUGUUUCGUUUUCGUUUCCUUUGCCCAGACCGAGUUUGUGACUAGGAAAUAUGCUGGCACCUCUCUACUGUGAGUAGUUUGUGUUCUGAUACACAGGAGCAGUUGGUUCCAUGUAAGCACUUAAGCCAUUCAUUGGACUGUUUAUAAAACGGUUCAGCUUCGAGCUUCGAUCUGGUUCAGGGACUUGACCCAGAGAGGCUGUGUGUUGUGUAAUUCCUAUGCAGGUGUUGAGUUCUUAACCUGGUACCACAUCACUGUUGGUGGAGGGCCAACCACUGAGACAGAUGGCAGGAGAGGGCUGAAAGUGUUGAGACGGAGUCAAAUGGCGAUAUGACAAAUCCCUAUAGAACUAUUAUUACAUUUUGAACUCUGAGUUGAAUUAAAUUGAUCUAUACAGGGCUGCUUGGUAUACCAAUGUGUAGUUAGAAACGCUUUGCAGUUGUCUUUAGGGAACGACAGGGUUUUUACUGUAUGGAGUUUUUCCAGUCGGUGUGAUAAUGUGAAAAGAAUUCAAGACAGUAAACACUCCCUCACCCCUACUGUAGCCUCCCCGAGGCAACUCUACCUUACAGAAAAAGUUAGAAUUCUGUGCGAUUGAGAGUGUACAUGUCUUUGCUAAACCAGCCACACCUCUGCUAUGCGAGCAACUCUUUGACGCUUAGCAUCCUGUUCUGUGUUUUUCUCUUGCUGCAUUCAGGAACACCUGUUUAAUGUAUAGACAACAGAAAUAAAUCAAGACUUUUAUUCUAUCAGCA